CUGAAUUCUCUUUUGGACCUGAAGGGGGAGGGUGUCUUGUUUGCUCGAUUGUUUUUUUGUUUGGCAUCUCGACAUUUUAAAAUUGCAAUACAGUAAAAAUAAAAUAAAGCGGCGUGGAUAACGUGGCCUAGAGCUCCAGGUCGGAAAGGAGCUGUUGCAGGGAUCGCAACGGAGCCAGCAGCGGAGUUGGUUAAAUAAUCUGUCUGACAAAAUCGAAAAACAUCUCGGGCUCAUGUGAGAUUGCAGAUACGCGACUGUGAUAGCUCCGGGCUGGCCAAUCGGGGAGCCGACUGCCAUGACGAGCACGGGGCACAGCCAAUCACAAGCGCCAAACGGAGGUAGUGGGUGGGCCUAACGCACGCGUUUUGGGAUAGUAGCUGUACUGGUGUGAUGUACUACUAUAUCUCAAAACUAGAAUACGCAUAGAAAGGGAGAAAACAGUCUUUUAUUUAUGCUCUUUAUGCAAGAAAUUCAGUCUUACUCACUGACAAAAUACAGUCUUUGGUGUCAAUGCGAAUAGGGGAAUUGCAGAGUUUGUUUUUUUAAUUCAAACUGUGAAGCAGAGUUGUCGGAGUUUCAUACACCGUGUCUUGAACGACGCUCCCUAAUUGUUCUUUAAUGCGAGCCAUACUGGAAAUCCCGAGGUAAAAAAAAAAAAGCGCUGGAUUUCGACACCGCACACUAAGCGUUUACAAUGAUAGUCUGUGCAAAAUUCGCUCGGUUUCGGAUCGCGCUAGUUCGCGUUUUUGUAAGCGAGUCGUAGACGGCGGUCUCCCGAGGAUUUUGAACUUGGGAGCCAAGUGGGAAUAGUGGAGGAGAUGUUUAAAGGCACAGCGCCAUUGCCGGGAGGAAUAUAAAUAAACACUGUGCACGCUUUUGUCUGUGGAGUGUGUUUGUGCGCAGCGAAAAUGCCACGCAGGGGAGUCGGGGAGACCAGAAGACGACACCUUGGCUAGGACUGCUGUCAGGACCAUGCAGGAUCGUACAUGGGCAUACCCGCGGGGAUUGUGGCGAAUUGACUGUGGGGCGAAAAACGUCCACAAAAAGGGAAACUUCAGCGUUUUGGAUCAGACUCACUUUGAACAGACACCAGGAGCAGCGGAGCCUUUCCAUAGCCGAGACCGGAUUACUUUAUGCAGGAAACUAACUCGCCUCUUCUAAGCGGGCUGUUUGAUGGGAGACGGCAGCUGAUAUUUUGUAUCUCACACACCGGUGAUUAUCAUUAUCAAGGGCGCUCGCACUCGGCAGGAAAAUGGUCGAAAAGCGGAGUUUGCUCCAAAGGGAGAGCGUGUACCGCUGGUUUUCGGAGUUGAACUCAGCUCAGAGGGUUGAAUUCCUGUGCGGGCUCCUCGACCUCUGUGUACCCAUAGAGCUGAGGUUUCUGGGGUCGUGUUUGGAGGAUCUGGCCAGGAAGGACUACCACUCGCUCCGGGAUGCGGAGAUUAAGGCCAACAACGCAGCGGAUCUCGCCAAUCUGACCAACAUCACCGACGAGGUGGUGCGGAGCAAACUGCUCAUCUCCCUGGCGCUGCUCAACUCGGACAACCGGGAGGCCGCCGGAGCUCUCUUCAGGACCCUCACCUACAUCGACUCUAUCAUCAACAACUACGGGCUGCAGCUCAACGACGGCCAGACCGGAGACCAGUUUCUGCUCCUGUUCACCAUGGCCUCCAACCACCCCGCCUUCAGCUUCCACCAGAAGCAGGUCCUGAGGCAGGAGCUGACUCAGAUCCAGAACAUCGUGAACACGACCUGCAGCGGCGCCGUCAGUCUGACCGCGGCCAACACCGUGACCACCUUCACCACCACCACCACGUUCAGCUCGCGUGUCUCGGGCUGUCACUGCUGCCACAAGGUCUCGCACAAGGACGAGAGCGCGGGGAGCGGCCGGGACGAGGUGCUGCAGACGGCGGCACAUUCCUACGAGGAGACGCCACCCAAGGCGCCGCCGGGGAGACACGGGAAAGUGAACAUUGAGAGGAUAGAGCUGAAGACCCAGGCGCACAGGAAGAGUGAGAAGCUGGCAGAGUACCUGUUUGAGGUUCUGUGGUCAGAUUCCACUGUAUCAACAGUCUUGAAAGCUGCUCCAGACCUGACUGAAUUUCUCUCAAAGCUCCCUCAGCUGUUUCCAGAUGAAGAUUUCGAGAAACUUAUUCCACAGCUGCCCGGCCUGGACUCUGCCCCUGACCCAGAUCCCAGAUGCCUGGUGUCUCUGCCCUCCCACGUGUUGAAAAACGACCAAGUCAAGCACUUCUUCAGCGCCCCCUCAGUGGCUCAGUGCCCUCAGAGCACAAAUUUUGCCUAUGUUUCCCAACACAAAGCCUCCAGCACUGCCGUAAGGCCGAUCUGCGGUGUGGCCAGUGUCCAACCUGUCUUCAGCGGCAGCGGCACGAACCAGCCCUCCCCCCACUCCUACGUCACGCCUUUCCCUUCCCCGCCUGGGGGCGCUGUCCUGUCGUCCGCCGGCGUGCUGGCAGAGAACCCACCACCCUCUCCUGCCCUGGCACCUGCCUCUAACUCACCUCUGCCCAGCCUGCAGCCCCAGCCCAGCCCGGAACAGAGUGGCAUCCUGGACUGGCUACGCAAGUUGCGCCUGCACAAGUACUACCCCGUCUUCAAACAGCUCACCAUGGAGAAGUUCUUGGCGCUCACAGAGGAGGACCUCAACAAGUACGACCUCACUCAGGGAGCCAAGAAAAAACUCAAGACCCAGCUCGAGCUUCAAAAUCGAGAGAAGUUUGAAAAGAAGUAUGUGGUAUCCCAGUUUCCUGUGCCCACCAGCGGGGUGGCCAGAGUCACGCCCACCAGCCACAUCGGGCCGGUGCCCCCAAUUCAUACCAGCAGCAGCACAGAACUGCGCAUGGAGGUGGAGCCCUGCCCUCAGCCCUUCCCCAGGGACAGCAGCUCAUCCUCUGGAUACUCCAGCUCUCCAUCCAGCCCCAGAGUGGCUCUCUCCCGAGACGAGGCCUUCGACGGCAUGGAGGACAGCCACAGACGCACAGAGUCCCUUUUGGAGUGUCCCGAGAAGGAGAAGCCCGCUGUCUUAAUGAAUCACUUUGUGGCAGCUGGCGCUGCCCGGCCCACAGCUCAGGUCCUGCCAGUGCAGAACGAUGGCAACAGUAGCUCCGCCUACCACCUGCCCCUGCCUGUGCCCGUCCUGCCCGUCAUCUCCUCCAGCGUGGCGCCCAGCCGGAUGCUGAGCAGCAUCCGCAAGCCGGACAGGAGUGGCGCCCGGAUGCCCCCGCCCGUCCUGUCUCCCCUGUGCCUGGAGGAGAGAGUGAAGACGCUGGGGCUGGGCAGCAACGUGAAGACGGAGAAGCGCUUCCUCAGCCUCAGCCUGGAGAUGUCCCCCCUGCCCCCCAGCGUCCCCUCCGUGCUCCUGGACAGCAGCUCCUCUCCGGGCACGCACUCCAGCUUUGGCAUGCGAAGCAAACCCGGGCAGGAGGGGGCGAUGCGGCCCCCUCCUGGGCUGAUCAUCGAGACCAGCACGGCGCCCACUGCCACGUCCAACACUGUUCACCACGUUUCCCAGCCGCCCCUCAAGCUCCAGGUCUCUCCCUCUCUCCCUGCCGACGCGGGCGGCUUGCCCAUCAAGAGCGUCCCGCCGGCUGUGGUCUGCCCCCGCGCGGCCCCGUACUCUGCCAGUGCCAAAGCAAACUUCUCGGGGGUGAGCGGCGUGCCCAUGGCCGCCGUCCCCGGGACCUACUGCUCCAACAGCAGCGCCGCCCCUUCCAGCCUCCAGACCACCAGCAUCUCCGCACACGGCAGCCCGGUGCCCAGCUCCAGCCCCACGCUGUGCCCGUUGGCAGACAACAGCAGCUACAGCACAGCCAGCGGCUCAGGGAUCCAGACCUCCCAGCAGCAGCCUCCUGCGCAGUCAGGCUGUGUGUGCAGCUCCUGUGGUUGCAGUGGCAACUGUGGGGCCUACAGCACCCUCCCUACCAACUACGCCGGCUACUUCCAGCACCCCUUCUCCGGACCCUCUGUGUUCUCGCUGCCGUUUCUGCACUUCAGCCCACUAUGCAAUAAUGGCUACAUCAGCCCGCAGCAGUACAGCACCAGCACUGGUUUCUCCUACCCCAUGGUGCCCCCGCCCAUGUACAACAACAGCCUGGCCCCGGAGUCCAUGCUGAGUAUGAGCAGCCAGGCCGGCUUCGUCAUGCCCCCCAUGCAGAACUUCAUGAGCGGGUCGGCUGGGGUGUACCAGGCCCAGGGUAUGAUGGGAAGCAGCUCAGGACACAAGAAGGCAGGGAACAUCUCUUGUUACAACUGCGGCAUCAGCGGGCACCGGGCACAGGACUGCAAGCAGCCUCCCAUGGAUUCAAAUCAGCAAGGUACCUUUCGGCUGAAGUACGCCCCUCCUUCCGAAAGCCAUGAUUCUGCGGACUAGGCAGCGUGGACUCGUCCGAACAGGAGGUGCCACCGAGCUGCAGCCUCUCGCACUGCUGAAGUGUCUUAUUCCACAACCCAGAGGUGCUCUUCAAAUGGCUUUCUUACUCAUUUUGGGAAUGGUAGCUUUGGCUUUGCACUGAUCGCAGACUCCACCUGCGGGCCGAAAGGAAAGGACUCUCGCCAGCAACGGCGCGGAUUGUCCUGCCGGAACCAGAGAGCGUCCGCGCCGAGGGGUGAGGGCGAGCAAAGAACAAGAGGCCGGCCAGCCGAGUCAGGUAUGGCGGCUGGCAAGCCUCCCUCUUCACGGUCGGUCUGUCUGUGUUUCUUUACCUCUUCGACUCUCAGGGGAGGGCCAGCGGGUGUUCGCUGCAGGGCUCGGCCUCACACACGCACACGUGAGUGCACGUACAAGAGAGCACUUCAUGGGAAAGUGGCAUUUCUUGGACCAAUGCCUGCCGGCAAGCCAUCAGCCUCCAUCCACUCAGGUUGUGUGAUAAAGAUCAGUUACGCUGAAUGAAUCUUUCUGCUUGGAUAUUUAAGCACAAGUAAUCUGCGUGUACAGCCCCAUGACAAACAGCUGGAUAGCUGACUGUCUUUUUAAGAGUACAUUUAUAUAUUGGUGUAUAGAACAAAAAAGGCAGAUGAAACUGUCUGAAAUAGAUGUUGUUCCAUAAGUACUGCAAACCUUUUCAAAAAGGGAAACUGCAAAUGGGUACAACCGUCAAUCUCUUGUAAAACGUAUCAUCCCACAGACACAACACCUGGCUGGUUGUCAAACAUCUGUAUCCAAGACCACCAAAAUAACUGGAUGAGGUGACGACUGCUGAGGACAGUUUUUUCAGGUUCUCCCUCUCGCCUGCUGCCAAGGACACCAGCCUGCUCCUCUUGUGAAUGUUUUGCAGGAUCUACUCUACAGUUGCCAAAGGUUGAAAUGCUUGUGUACAGAAGUGCUGAACAUAGUGUUUUAAACAGUUCGCAGUCGGUUCUGUUUUACAGCACGAAAGGCUGAUUGAGAAAUGGAAAAGGUCACCUGUAUUUUUGCAACUGUUCUGGUUGUCUGUUGUCAGGAUGCUAAACAAAACAUAACCAGCAGGUCUGAGAGGACCACAGUAAAGCUAAGGGAUUCCAGGUGGAAAUAGUGCCAAUAGCAGCCCAUUUCCACUGGCACACCUGAGCCAGAAAAACCUGAUUUGGCCUAGAAGAGGCUGGGUCAUCCCUGCAAUCAGAGCCCACGAACUGAUGUCACACAUAACGAACAUGCUACCCAGGUCAAUGAAAGGUUUCCUUCUGAAAUUCACUCCAGAAAUGCCAGUCCCACAGCUGACCACCAGUACAAAUAAAAGCAUGUCCUGUAUGAAGAAGAACGUAUAGAAAUAGUAACAGUUCCAUCUAAUUUUUUUACAAGUCAGUUUUAAAUUGCAAAAUAAUAGCAACACUGUUUGUGUUGCUUUAGUGUAAUCUUGUUAAUUUUAAAGAAACGUACAGCUGGGAUGUUGUAAUAGCAGUUUGUUGGCAAUAAUAAACUCCAAACAGACCUGGACACAGUCAUCCUGCUCUCUCAGGGGAACGUUUACUGCUCAUUGGUCUCAAGUUGGGCCAAACUGUAAUGAUCAAAUGCAAACCUCAGCAGAGAAUCGGUGAGCCUGGCCCCAGCCAGUGAAAGCCCUGAACUCGGGUUCAAGUGUUCCUGUGGGGCCUGAGUUUCGUGGCUCAGUGCUUUGGUGUGGUAUGUCAGAGGAAAUGAGGCAGGCAGAAAAUAGGGUUUCUACUCCCUGCUGCUCCUCUGGAUUGCCAGUUUAAAAAGAUUUUAAUCAUGCUGAAAGAAUUAUAGACUGGGACCUAUUCCAAAACUCUCUGGAGUUCUCUGGAUUUUUUUAUCAGUACCUAAGGUGAUCAAUUUCCUUUAUGUAAGACUGAAAAUUUUAGACUUUUUUAAAUAUAAAGCUGUGGGUUUUGUAAUGUGUAUUAUUUCUUGUGGAACACGUUUUUAGUGUGUCUGCGUGAUGUUUCUGUUUGUGCUAGUACUGCUGUUUGCCCCGCCACUGAACUCUUGCAGCAGAAGUGCUGUUUGCAAACACCACGUAGUCAAACAGCAGGUUAGAGGUUAAAUCGGUAAGGCGUACUGGAUCUGUGAAAACACUUUGACAGAUAUAAAGAACACCACUGAGAAAAUGACCUUAGGUUUGUAUACUUAAAAUAACAUUUGGGCUUAAAAAUAUUUUUUGCCACAUUCUCUUCUAGAUCCAGGAUUACAGGUGUGAUUCUGGGAUGUUAAUUCUUAUGAAUGUUCUGACUAAAGGCCUUGUCUGUAAAAGUAAAUGAAAGUACUAUAUGUAGUCCCUUAAGGCUCUUGUAAGUAAAGACUUUGCCACUAGGUGGCGGCCUUGAGGACCUUGGGGAAACAGGUCACUUUACAGUAGCAAUUCUGGAAAUGGACUGGGAAUCUUGAUCAGGAAUGGCUCAGGUGGGUGGGGCCUGGUGUAUAGAGACAGAAUGCGCCAGCUGUUUCCUUUAGUGUUGGAGUGCUUCUCCAGUUUCCACACGCAAGUAGAAAAACACUGCCAGAAGGGAGACCUACGUCAGGACUGGAAUUCUGGUGUUUUAUGAAUACAUUGGUUUAUGUUUUUUUAAGGAUGUUUUUUUUAUAAACAAUCUCAGAAAAUGGCCCUCCUGCUGAUGUGGGGAAAGGUUGUUUUUCCAAAGAAACCAGUCUAAGCGCUUCCCAGCUUCCGGAGGGGUGUGGCUGGAGGUGGGCUGAGUCUUAGCAUGCCCUGUGCACAAAGAACAGCCCUGCCGCUGGACUGGGUGCUCCCCAUCCUCUAACGAGGGCGCUCAGGCUCUCAGCUCGGUGGCCUCCCAGUGCAAGCUUUCUGAGGGACGGGAACAGUGGGAGAAUGUGCUCCACAUGCCUGGACAUCACAGCUCAUGUCAGAUACCUGGCUUUGUCUUGUGUUUGUGAAAGGGACCGUCCAUCUGACAGCUCACAGGCAUUCCUCUCGAGGGCGCCUCCAGCUCCUGGUGCUGAGCAGUCACCAUCACACCUCUCUGUCCUUCACAACAGUACAACGUGCACUAAGAGCAAUGCCUUUUCUGAUCUUAGACAACUUUAAACAAGUUUUAUGAGCAGAAAAGGUUUUGCGCCAUCCUGCUUCAAACAACAUUAUUCAGAUGCAUCCAGCGAGGUUCUUCAUCGUACUGAUCAAGAUGAGUAUCUGUUACAACAUCGCAGAAGAUUCAGAGCAGCUCCUUUCCACUGCAGCAUAGUCCCAUUUUAGCCCACAAUGUGGACUACAAUUCAGCAGGCUGUGUUUUUAUCAGGAUUUCUUUUUAAUAGGCAGGCGUGGUUUGCCAUUAAUUUUACUUGUGGAAAUCAUGUUACCAUACACUGAGGUUAAACAUUGUAGUACAACAUAUCAGCAGUGAGAGGCUGUCUGUGACAAGUCUUACAGUAUAUAAUCCUAACAGAUUUGUACGUAACAGUCAGGUUGUGCAAACUUUAAUGUGAAAGUUCACAAGGCGCACUGUCUGUGUAUGAACAGCAAUCUUGCUGUUGUCUUAUAAAAACACAGAUUAACAUUGGUCUGGAAUUUCCCGGAUUGUCUCACCUCAAUCACUCUUGGCGAGUCUGCAAAGCCACAUCCUGGGAUCCUCCGCAGGGAUGAAAAAUAAUAAAACAUCUUCUCCUGUGAGAUCUGGAUCUCAUUGUGGUGUGUUUUCCUGGGGAGUGUUUAGUGCAGCGAAUGCCUUUUGCAGUGAGUACUUUUGUUUUAAAAAGUGAGGGAAAGAUUUUGUUGGUACAGUGCAGCACUGGUUCACAAUACAUACAGCUGCACUGGUGAUGUAGAGCCGAGAUCCCUGACCUGAUGCUCACCUGUGCAGCUGUAGAAAUGUACCAGGCCUCCCUGUACUGUACUAUCAGCUGUACUGCUAUAGUGCUCUUUCUUGCAAGUUCUAUAGUCUCUGCACUGAACUGACUUCCCAGUGUCUACUCACACAUCUCCUACCUUGUGUAGGCAACUUGUUGAGCCUGAAACAUGACUCAUACAGGCAGUAAUCGCUGGCUGUCAGUGGAUUGGGGAACUCCCGUGAUGGCAGCGACUGUGGUUGAGACAAUGACUGUCACAUGCUGAGGAAGUACAGUCUUUUUAGAUUAAUACUUAGCCUUUCUCUGGCUCAAUAACACCAUAGUGGGUUAUAUUCUCAGAGUUUUAGACCUUGAGAAAAACUCAAAUGACAUACUCCAUGUUACAGACUGUUCCAAGAGAUGCAUAGGUCCACCAUUUCAGAAAGCAGCUGUCUGGAGGACUUGGCUUUGUGCAGUGUUUUGUGUUCUCAUGCAACUCACGCAGCUUGUCCUUCAGUCUCUUUUAGAGCCAAUCUCUCUCACUCUGCACUUUUUUCUUGAGGGGCAUUUGAGCAAAUUGUUUCUGAAAUUUAAGACCUAAUAAUGCCUUACCAAGUGUUCAUCAGUUAUUGGGAUGCUUUAAUGGCUCAGUAUUAUUCUGUUUUGUAAUUCAAUUUCAGAGGUAGGACUUUUAAUGAACAAAUACUGUAAGCUGCCUUUCCCAGAAGCCCUGAAAAGCAAUUCCAUGGCUCCAGUAAAUAAAUCUAAUGUGGUCCAGAGUAUGGAAAGGUUUAACAUAAACAUUUUGAAUACACUAAGCUGUGAUAAACCUAUAGCUGGGAUAUGUUUACACCAAAAAGAUCAGUUUAAAUAACAGCGCAUCUUGGUAGGCCCGUGCUGAAGCUGUUUUGCUGAUAUAACAGUCUAGACUUGGGCUGCGAAGAUGAGCAGGACACAGCUGAAAGAGUGGAGUGUCACUGGGUGGCAUCUUCUUGCUUCACUCAUCCAGUCACACCACUGCCCCAGCUCUUCCACCAGCUGCUGAAUUCUUGUUGCAUUUCUUCUCCAAGAUAACGUGCUGUGGGAGCUUAACAUGGGAAAUGUGGGAAGCACCCUGCUUUCUGAAUAAAAAACAGAAAUGGGGAAGUGAAGAUCCUGGAGAAAUUGUUUAAAUAUCUUAAGAUUUUCUUUAUAGUAUUUAAACGUUGUCAGAACUUUACAUUUAACAUGACAAUUUGACUGAAAUGUUGGUGUUGGUCUUGUUCGAUGAAAUUACAGUCUUCAGUGCCUCUGAAGUCUCUUGGACUUGGAUGCCAAGUAUAAACCAGCCUGUUUAGAACCAGUGUGACAAUCGAAGUUGAGUCUGUUCUAUCCCAGGACAGAUGUGCUCUUUGAUCUUCUGGAAUCACCAUACAUGGACCAUUGCAGGAAAAGGCUGGUUUUCUUUGUCCCGCUGGCUUUGUUGUCGGGACAGUGGUUCCUUGCAUAUUAAAGAAAUCCUACGUUUGCUGCCAGGCUGAUCAUGAGGGUCCUCUUUACACCUGCUGGUGGUGUCACAUACCCCAGCUGUGGUGAAGUGGGCAAACGCGUCUCGUUUUGUGUAUAUACUCAUAGCUGUGAACAGGAAAGCGCUUUAAAGAAAAGCAUGCAUUUGGUUGGGCUCAGAGACAUUUGGCUUGUUCUUUUGUCCUAACAAAAGGAUGUUUUGGGGCAGUAUAUGCUUGGGGACUGUAUGUUUAGACUUUAAACAUGUAUUUACAAUCAUUUAUUUUCAGUUUUGUUUUCGUAGGCCAUACGGCCUGCUGCAGGAGAGAACAAGCCCUGGUCUUUCCUAGGUGGAAGCUAGGGGCUGAUGGAGGGGGGAUCAGUACUGGGUUGAGGAAUCGGUCUUCAUUUAGGUUACUGGUACAGCAGUUUUAAGAACUUUUUUUAUUUUUUGCUUAACGUUUUCAAAAUAGAACAUACCUUUUUUAUUAUAUAAACAUGUUUACUUGGUAACGAAGGGAAACUUGAUCCAUGCGGUUUCUUUAUAAGUGCCAAUUUUUGAGUAUUCUCGCUCAGUGUGCAUGUGGCCUUAAACUCUGAAAACCUUUUGCAUUUUUAAAAGUAUUUAAUAUGCAUCCGAUUGAACUUGAAGUGUAAAUCUUUUGUUUUACAAUGUCACCUUUUGUAUUUUAUUACUCCGUUUAUUAAAAAAAAAAAUGUACAUUUU